CGGGCGCUGGGAGUUUUACCGGCCAAUCGCACGUCUCUUCCGCCUCCCUUGCGGCCCCGCCCCUGGAGCGGGCGCGCUCACAGCCGCGGCUGCGCGGGGAUUUUGCGCUCCAGGGAUAACGGAGGGAGAGGUCAACCAAGAUUUCAUUUUCAAGAUGGAAAGCUCUUCAGACUCCACAGUGAUUUUACCUAGCACUCCACGGGCCUGUGCCAACCCACCAUCUCCCCGUACAAGUAGUUCAAGAAAACAACCUAUGAGUGCAACACUUAGAGAACGGUUAAGGAAAACUAGAUCUUCAUUUAAUUCCUAUUACAGUGUGGUAAAACGUCUUAAAAUAGACAGUGACGAAAAUGAUCAGACCUUUUCAGAGAAACCAGCAUCUUCAACAAAAGAAAACUGUUUGGAAUUUCAAGAAAAUUUUAAACACAUAGACAGUGAAUUUGAAGAAAGUACGUGUCUGAAAAAUACCUUCAAGAAUAUCGGUACAAAUGAAUCUAAAUCACUUGAUGCUGAGUCUUGCAGUGGUCUCAGUAAUGACUGUAUGAAUGAGAGUCUUCCCAAACAAGGAUUAAAUGAAGAAAAAGCAAAAUUGGUGAAGCAGAUUCAAGAGAAAGAAGACCUUCUUCGGAGGCUAAAACUAGUCAAAAUGUAUAGAUCAAAGAAUGAUCUGUCUCAGUUACAGUUGUUAAUAAAGAAGUGGAGAAGCUGUAGCCAACUGUUGCUUUGUGAAUUGCAGUCAGCUAUGUCUGAGAACAAGAAACUCAGCCUUACUCAGUUGAUAGACCACUAUGGGUUAGAUGAUAAGUUGCUACUCUAUAACAGAAAUGAAGAAGAAUUUAUAGGUGUUUAAUCAAUAUGUUUUUCUCUAGAAUAUCUUUGAGAAUGACAACUGAAAAGAUACUUAUACAUUUGAAAGGGAAAAUAUAAACCAUUAGGGCUUAUAAAAAGAUAUCUUGAUGAACAUUGAUUUAGGGCACUCUGUUAUGUAAAUAUAAACUAAGUUCUAAAAUGAAGAUUUACUAUUAAAAAAAUAUCAUGUUUUAAAAACUAGGCAGUUUUGGAAAUCACUUGUAAUACACUGUUUUGUUUAUCGUGGUAAAAAAAAAAAAAAAGUUUUAAUGUUAAAAAAACAGUCCAAUAUGGUAAAUGUCUAAACCUAAACUGUUCAAAAAAUGCUUGCCUCUGUCCUAAGUUUAUGAACCUUGUUUCCAUCCAUUUACCACAUAUUUCCAUCUAGAUGGUCAAGCAGGUAAUUAAACUUACAUGUCCAAAAUUAUA